AGCAAUUCAUUUCCAACUUCAAGCUAUAAAGCAAAAAAAAACAAACAUGAAGCUGAUAAUCACAUUACUUUUGGCAAACGUUCUCGCUGCCUACGCACUUACCGAUAAAGAGGAAUGGGUCAAUUUCAAAUCUAAGAACAAAAAAGUGUACAAAACCGCUUUAGAAGAAAUGAAACGAUUCUCUACCUUCCAAUCAAACUUACGUAAAAUUAAAGCUCAUAACGCAAAAGAAGAGCAAGGCCUUUCAUCAUACAGAAUGGGAGUUAAUGCAUUUGCCGAUCUUACGCCUAAUGAAUUUAAAGAUAUGAUGACGUUAUCAAACAGUCAACGUCCAGAAGAUAAAGAAAUCACCCCUACUAAAUUGCAUUACGAUGGUGAACUUCCUACAGAAGUUGACUGGAGAAAAAAGGGGGCUGUCACUGAGGUCAAAAAUCAAUCUAAGUGCGGAGCAUGUUGGAGCUUCAGUACUACAGGAACAGUUGAAGGUGCAUAUUUUAUAAAAACUGGCAAAUUGGUUUCUCUUAGCGAGCAAAAUUUGGUAGAUUGUGACAAAAAUAAUUAUGGAUGUGGAGGAGGUUACAUGACAACCGCACUUAAAUAUAUAGAAAAAAACGGAAUUAUGGCAGACAAGGAUUAUCCUUACGAAGCUAAAGAUGACAAGUGUCGAUUCAACAAAUCUAAUAUAGCUGUGAAAAUCACUUCAUUCAUAAGAAUUGCUAGUGGUGAUGAACAAGACCUACAAGAAAAAGUCGAAUUGGUUGGACCUGUCUCAAUUGCAAUUGAGGCAAAUAAGAAUUUCCAAUUUUACACGUCAGGCAUAUUUGAUGAUAUUUCCUGUCAAAGUGGAAUACAAUCAUUGGGCCACGCUGUAUUAGCUGUUGGAUACGGUAGUGAAAAGGGAAAAGAUUACUGGAUUGUUAAAAAUUCGUGGGCCACCGAUUGGGGAAUGGAUGGUUACAUUUUGAUGUCCAGAAACAAGAAUAACCAAUGCGGAGUUGCCACAGACGCAGUGGUAGCAAUAAUCUAAAAAUGUAUUUUAC